AUGACCGGCCGGGACGCCAGGCUAUGCACCUGUUUGAUGCCCGUGCAUUUUGAUACUUUUUCCAAUAAAGACGGGGGGGAGGAGGCGGGACCAAUCGGGAAGACGGACGGGCCGGCGGCCAAUCAGGCGGCGUCCUGUCGGCCGGCUGGGGGGCGGGACUACGCCCGCCUCCUCCCCUCAGUGAUUGGGGAAGGGGGUCGGCCGCGAGCGGCCGCGGCAGCCAAUAGGAAGAGGGGAGCCUGCCGAGCGGCGUGGCGGUCGGCCAAUGGGAGGCGGGCGUCGGCGUCGGGGCGGGGUCACGGGCCUGCCGGGCGGAAGGACGGAGGGGCCGGCCGUCAGUCGGGGGCGGCGGCGAUGGCGGGCGGCGGGGCCGGGCUGCGGUGGGGCCUCUUCGGGCCGCUGCUGCUCUCGCUUCUCCUCCCGCUCAUGGCGGAGCAGCAGGUGCCGCUGCUCAGCUGGUCCAGCUCCAGCUCCCUCUGGGUCCCGCUGACCAACGUUCACGAAGGUCACAUCACCACCGACUCCCAGCUCGCCUCCUACCUGGACCCCGCCUUGGAGAAAGGCCCCCACAAUGUCUUGCUGUUCUUGCAGGAAAAGCUGAGCGUCGAGGAUUUCACGGCAUACGGAGGAGUGUUUGGCAACAAGCAGGACAGCGCCUUCCCCAAUCUGGAGAAUGCUCUGGAGUCAGCGGCCUCCUCCCUGGUGCUGCCUUCUGUGGACUGGUAUGCAGCCAGCACUCUGACCUCCUACCUGAGGGAGAAGCUGGGGGUCAGCCCCCUUCACGUGGACCAGGGCACCCUGCAGGAGUUGAAGCUCAACGCCAGCCUCCCCUCGUUGCUGCUCAUCCGGCUGCCCUACACCACCAGCUCUGGUCUGAUGGCCCCGAAGGAAGUCCUCACAGGCAACGAUGAGAUCAUCGGGCAGGUGCUGAGUACCUUGAAGCUGGAGGACAUACCCUACACGGCAGUUCUGACAGCCAUGAGGCCCUCCCGGGUGGCCCGAGACGUGUCCGUCGAGGCCGGGGGCUUGGGCCGACAGCUGCUUCAGAAGGCGGAGGAGCCAGAGGAGAAGACCCUCCCACCGGUCAUCUACAACGACACGGCUCCUCGCAUUCUGUUCUGGGCCAGAAACUUCUCUGUGAAGUACAACCAGGAGGAGAGGGAUCUGGCUGCCCUCACCUUUGGGGCCCCGGUCAACCUGACGGGUUCGAGCUGGAACGAAUCCAGUGCCCACCUCAUGUUGACGUACGACAACCUGUUUGGGUCAGUGGUGUCGUUCAGGUUUGUCCUGUCCAGCCGCUUCUACGAGGUGUCUGCCCGCGACUGGUUCACCCUGGAGCGGCUGGAGAUCCGGGCCAACGGCACCACGGCGGUCUUCAACGCCACCCAGGUGACCGGACCCAGCAUCUACUCCUUCCACUGCGAGUACGUGAGCAGUAGGGCCAAGCAGGGCGCCCUGCUGGUGCCCUCGUCCCACCCCUCGCCCUGGAUGGUGUCCAUCGUUGACUUCCAGAUCCAAGGGUUCAACGUCAAAGGCGGGAACUUCUCCUAUGCCAGCGACUGUUCGGGCUUCUUCUCCCCGGGCAUCUGGAUGGGGCUGCUCACGUCCCUCCUGAUGCUGCUCAUCUUCACCUACGGGCUGCACAUGAUCCUCAGCCUCAAGACCAUGGACCGCUUUGACGACCACAAGGGGCCCACCAUCUCUGUGCCCCAGACUGAGUGAGGUGAUGGGGGCGGGACCUGGGGAGGGACGGGGGUGGCCUGAGGGGAACGGUCCCCAAGCCCACCCACCCCCCACCCCAGUCCCGUGCCUCUGUAGGGAGUGUUUGGCUUCCCUGCCCCUUUCUCCCUGGUCACCAAACGCCCCUCUUGCUCUCCAUUCCACAUUUAGCCGUGUUAGUCCAGCCUCCCUCUCCCUCCCUCAACCCUCCCAUCAUGAAAGGUUAAGCCCCUACUGAAGGGAGACAUUGCAGGGUGUUGCCCACGAGGGUAGCCCCUUCCUCCCCCGUUCUUUUCCCCCCAAAGCUUUCCCCAAACUCCCAAGAGGGCGAGAGUGGCCCAACCCGGAUCUGUGCACUCUUUCCUCUUGUCCCCUUUUGGCUGAGAUUUCCUCCUCUCCCUGCAAACGCUUAGAGAAGGAAAGGGGAACGGGGUGGUUGCUCUCUUCCUGCCAUCUGCCUUUGGGGCUGGUGGUCGGGGUUAGAGUAGCUUCGGGGGUCCCAGGCACCAGGGCCCCCCACAGCCUCCUGGCUUCCCGUAUCCCAGCAGGGAUGAGUCCGGGUGAGAGUGCCUGACCAUCACCCCCGACCCCAACCCUGGCUCCCACCCUGUCUGAAGUGUUGCAUUGUGGCUCGUUCAAGAUGUACACAUUCUUUGACCUCACGGUGUCUGUAUAUAAUGAAAUUAAUUGUCUUUUGGGGGGUGGUCUGGGGGGGGCUCCUUGAAAUGAUUUCUCCCCCGACUCCCCUCCAGCCUUAUUUAUUGAGUACCGCCCUCCGCGAUCCCCUCCUUUGCCUGCUCCCCGGAAUUGUGACUUGCUGUUUACCGUGCUUCGGUGUUGAGAAGCUGCCCCUGCCAAUCGGAGUGCCCUUCCAAGCAUCCUCUCCUCUCUCCCUCCCACCGCUGCAGCCGGCAGCCUCACUUGGGUGAGGGGAGAAUUCAUCUUAAGUUGGGGGGAGGAGGAGGGACCAAGUCUCCCAGUCUGAGGAGAGGGUUGGGGUCGAUGGAGAAAGGCGCUUUGGGCUGCUGGCAGGGGGAGUGGGGCGGAGAGGUGCAGGAUGCCGGGCUUGUUUGUCUCGGGGAAGGGGGGGAUGCGGCAGGGCUUAGUGUUUUCAGAUAAGGUGGAUGUCGGCUGCGGGAGGGGGCUACCUAGACCAGAGGAUCCAGCGGCAAGACCCUCCAAGAUGCCAUGUGUCCCAACUCCUGGCCUGCUUCUGAGGCUCCCCUUCCCCCAGUGCAGGGUGCGGGGAGGAGCGCAGGGGAAGGUUUAGUGGAGCAGCGUGAGUCGAGGGGUAUUUGUGUGUCAUCUCUUCAUUGUAUAAAUUAAACUGAGGAAAUAAAACUGAUCAC